GUGGGGCAAAGAGGCCUUGAAGAGCUGAAAGCCUCCAACCAACCGACAGGCCACAAGGAAAAGGGAAGCUCGGAUCCGCGUCGCCGUCCCACCUGCAAUACGCGGGAUUCCAACAUCACCAUAUCCGACGGCAACAUCCACGAUGCCGCUCGACGACUACGCCUCCGCAGUAGGCGGCGGCCUCAAGCUCAAGGGCGCCAAAGUGACCAAACCGAAAAAGAAGAAGAGACGCGACAAGACCGACCUCGAAAAGAACCUCGAGACGGGCGACGAAGGCAGCAGCACUGCGCUGGUGAAGCACCGGGAAGAAUCUGCCGGCGACUCGAAAUCAAAGUCAAAAAAGAAGAGCGAGGACCCCGAGGAGGACCGGAACGACGACGAUGACGACGAGGGCAGCGGCCGGGUCGUGCAAAAGACGGAGGCGGAGAGGCGGUACGAGGAGAGGAAGCGCAAGAGGCUCCUCGAACUCGCAGAAUCGUCAAGCUCCCGCCCCGAGCUCCUCAAGACGCACAAGGAACGCGUCGAGGAGCUAAAUACGUACUUGUCCAAGCUGAGCGAGCACCACGACAUGCCCAAGAUUGGACCCGGUUAAGACCUGCUCCGUGUAGAGGUCUAGUCGAGGAUGCUCUGGAGCAAGGCGAGGAAGGUUUUGUCGGUUGGGUCUUUUGCUUCUUGGAUGGAUUGGACGGGCAGGGGAAAUGGAGUUUGGAUUUCGGCGUUAUUGUAUACCCUUUCCAAAGUCUGGGCAAUCGAAAACAUAUUCAUCAUUUAGCGUUGCUGGUGCUGGUGCCGGUGCUGCCAUGCUACCUAGCUGUCAUACUGUCAUACUGUCAUGCUGCCACGGAGCUUCUCUCCCUUGACGCAGAGAGAUGACACUGCGGAAACAAGCAAGACACCAGCGAAACGCAAAUGAACCAUCUGACAUCUGGCAUCUUGGAUCAAAUGAUCAAACACACCCCGCC